CAUUCUUGUUUUUGCAUUUACUUUACCGGUAUUUUUAUAGAAUAAUAACAAUACAUUAACUUAAACUAAAUGAAAACAUGAAUAAAGCCUCCCGACUUUUCUGCCCGGCUCUCAUCACGCCCAAAAAUGCGGUGGUCAAGCAAACGGAUCAGCUGUCCCGCAGUCAGAAGUUGCUGACCGAACUGGGACUGGUGAAAUCGGGCAGUAAUGGCACAUACCAGAUAAUGCCCGUGGCCCAGCGAUCGGUGGACAAGUUGAUUGACCUGGUGCAGAGCAACAUGCAACGGGCUGGAGGACACAAGAUCACCCUGCCCAUCCUGACGCCCACCGGGCUGUGGAAGAAGACAGGGCGACUGGAGGGAGACAUCUCCGAGUUCUACAUGGUGCGGGAUCGCAGUGGCAAACAGUUCCUCAUGAGUCCAACCCACGAGGAGGCCGUGACAGCCAUGCUGGCCACAACUUCACCCAUUUCCUAUCGCCAGCUGCCCCUGAGGCUGUACCAAAUCGGCCCCAAGUUCAGGGAUGAGUUAAAGACAAGAUUCGGUUUGAUGCGAGCCAAGGAAUUCCUGAUGAAGGACAUGUACUCAUUUGAUGUCGCCGAGGAAACAGCCAGGGAAACCUACUCCACAGUUAGUGCCGCCUACGACAGGAUGUUUAAACAGCUAGAGGUUCCAUUUGUUAAGGUAAAUGCCGCCACUGGCAUGAUGGGCGGCAGUGUUUCCCACGAGUACCACUAUGUAUCGCCCGUGGGCGAGGAUACCUUGCUGCAGUGCAACUCCUGUGGCUAUGCGGGCAACUCUGAAGUCCUGGAAGGGGGGACAGUAUCCCCGGCCAGCUGUCCCAGUUGUAAAAGCUUGGAUUUAAAAGAAGUACGGGGAGUUGAGGUGGCCCACACUUUCCUGUUGGGCGACAAGUACUCCAAGCCUUUGGGCGCCACCUUUCUCAACACCUCCGGCAAGCCACAACCGCUAGUCAUGGGCUGCUAUGGCAUCGGCAUCACCAGGAUAAUUGCUGCGAGUCUGGAAGUGCUUUCCUCCGAACAAGAACUCCAUUGGCCAAGGCUCCUGGCACCUUACGAUGUGUGUUUAAUAGGACCCAAGCAAGGCAGCAAGGAGCAGCCGGCUGCGGAGGUGAUAGAGAACGAACUGUUGCUUAACGUGGGAGAACUCUGUGGGCACCAGGAGCUGCUGCAUGACGAUCGCAAGGAACUGACCAUAGGCAAACGUUUGCUGGAAGCCAAGCGCUUAGGUCACCCUCUUACUAUUGUGGUGGGGGCCAAGGCAGUCCAGCAGGAUUCCCCCAAGCUGGAAGUGCACCUCAGUAAAGGCGAAAAACUUGAACUGGAUCUUAGUGAAGCUUUAAAACUAGUAUCAGAACACAGCCAACACAAAAACAGUCUCUUGAACGGAAGUUUUCAUCGGGACGAAGAAGAAAGUAGAAGUCAAUCAGUUGGCCAUCAGCUUUAGCUUUAUGCAAUAAAGGUAACAAUAACACACAA